AUGGCUCCCGGAUCGAGCCAGGCCGGUUCGGGCAAAAAGAAUGCCGCCGCGAUGCCGAAACAGAGCCGCAAUUCCACUCCCGCCCCCGCGCCCCCAGCCAGCCUACCGCCUCAAGAAUUCUACGACCCAGAUUAUCUUAACACGAGGGUAAUUCUAUUUCGAAACCUUAGUUAUGAUGAUCUGGUUGACCAAAGCGCCGUCAAUGCGACGGUGCCCGACUCCAAGAGCGUCGACGCGAUGCUAGAAAAGCUCAAAAACCUGGUCAACAUAAUGGAAAAGCGAUCUACAUUCUACGACCGGGGCAUGCGGCAUCUUGCCGAUGAGCGAAAGAAAAGACCUGACGACUACGAUAUACGCGUGGACGGCGAGCCGGAAGGGAAGAGAACCAAACACAAGAGAAAAAAGGGCUCCGACUCUCUGGGACAAGAAGGUAUGCGCGGCCCCAACUUUCAAAGCCCCCUCCCAGCACGAGCCGCAGAUCUGUCAUCACCUCUCAAGGACGCCAAGCGCAAGCACUCUCGAGGAGCCUCUGCGAGCUCGUCUCUAUCGCCGCCUGCUGCCGGGUCGCCGUCCGCGAUGGACGUUGACAAGAAAGCGAAAGAAGAGGACAAGGAGGAUGGAGAGGAUGAAGAAUCGAGUUCCGAAGACGAAGGCGCACCACCGAAACGGCAACUCCCUGCCGCGCAAACAUUCGGCGAAGAUCCGUCCACGUUCCCUGACCCGACCGUCUACGAAAUUCGCCCUGUUCCCGAGGGCAUGUCUGACGAGGGAAGGAAGGAAAUUUACUCGGUGGCAGUCUAUCCCAGAAACGACCUGGCGAACCUCAUUGCUGGCGAUCCACCCGACAAUGACUUUAGUAAUGCCAAACCCAGCAGUCAGAUCAACUUUUCGACAUUCUCAACAUACAUCGACCCAUAUUUUAGACCAUUCUCGGAGGAAGACUUGGCAUUUCUACGAGAGCGCGGCGACCGCGUCACGCCGUUUGUCAUGCCUAAGAGGGGGAAGAGGCACUACACGGAAAUUUGGGCGGAGGAGGACGGAGCCAUGUCUAUUGACUCGCCACAACAGGGACGUGAUAAGCUUCCUCCCAAUCAGCCGAGAGGCAGCAUAGACAACAUGAGCGACAGCAUCGGCGAGACGGAUUCUUUGUCGAUAGGGCCUCUGGCCUCACGCCUAUUACAACUGCUGCGACCUGAGGCCCGUUCGCAAGGGUCUGAUGAUAAGCCAGCGGUGAAUGGCGUGACGAAUGGUGAUGUUCCCAUGAACGGCGAUGGCAAUGGGGAGGACCAGGCUGGUGAAGAUAAAACGAACUCGUUCCCGCCAGCUACAUACAUGGCAGAAUCGUCGACGGAAGCUUGGAAGAAGGCGACCCACCCUAAACUCGAGUAUGCGCAGGUUGACGAGCGGCUGAAGCAGGAGUUGAGGCAUAUCGGGUUUCUUCCCCAGGAAGUAUUUGAGAGCGAAUACGACGGACAUUACGACGAUGAAGUCGCGGGCCGACUACGACUGUUACAGUCCCGAUUGAAGGAGCAAAUGUUGAUCAAUGGAGCCCGCAAGGCACGGCUGACAGAACUGGUUCGUGAGCGAAUGGCCCACCAGGAGUACCAGACUAUUCUCGAAGAUCUCGACUCCCAAGUCCAGGCAGCCUAUCUGAAGCGCACGCGGACCAUGGGCAAGAGCAAGAAGACGAAGCGUCCCGGGGGGGCAGGUGGCGGCAGCCACUUCGUGGGGGGUGCUGCAGGCACGGCACGACCAGGCAUCGGGGACCAGACUAAGACGCUGAUGGAGCGGAGGAAGCGCUGGAUCGACACGAUAGGGUCGGUGUUUGACGAUGAGAACCUGGGCAAAGUGCCGAGACAGCAGAACCCUGACAGCUCCAUCUUCAAGCCUGAAAUCAUGGCAGAUCUUAUCAAGAGGGAGAAGGGGCAAUGGGACGAAGAGGUUGAAGAGGAAUAA